UCGUAUUACCCAAAUUUUCGUUUUCGCAUCAUUUCCUUUUAGAAUCGUCUUAACUCUUAAAAUUGAAAGGUUUUCCAGUUGAGUGUAAUAAUGUCGCAAUAAAGUGGAAUAAUAAAAUGUGCUACUGGAUGUAGACAUAAAAAGCAUCAAUGCCUCAACUUAGAGUAGAUAAUGCACAAAAUAACAAAAGGCCUCAAAAAGAAAAAGAAAGGGAAAAAAUCUAAGCAUAAAGACGAGGAACUAUUUAAACCAGAAGAAUUAGAGGCAUACCGUAGAGAACAUCAAGUUGAACAGGGAGAACCGGCAACAGCAAAUGACGAAUGGAAAAAGUUUAACGCAAUCACCGCUGGUAUCGAUAACUUCUUAAAAAAAACUCAAGACGACUUAGAUCGUAUUAAAAGCACAUCGUUCUUUCAACGCGUUCCUCCUCCAAGUGAGCAAAAGAAGAAACGAGAAGAAGCCUGCCAAAACACCGAGGAAAUCAAACAAGAAGAGGCGGCGAAGGUCGAGGAACCGGGAAUUGUUCAAGUUUCUGAAACUGAGAGCGAAGAAGAAGAUGAAGAGGAUAUUUUUGAUACAACUUACAUCGAUGCUAUUGCAGCUGGAGAAGUAAAAUUAGCGUAUAUUCCUGAAUCACCAACAAAUGAACUUGAAGGGGAUGAUCCAUUUGAUACUAGCAUUGCGGAGAGAGCAAUAUUAGGACCAGCAUCAGUUAAUAAAAAAGGGAAAAAGCUAGUUCCACUUGGUGCAGCUGUAGAAGUGUUAACUGGACGUGUACAAGCCCCGACUUGUGUACCUAUUAAAAGGCCUUCGACUAGGAGAACUAUCCUUAAAGAGAAAGAUCUGCUCCUUGGUAGCUUCGAUGAUAAUGCAAACUCUUUAGGAGAUAUUACAUGUGAUUCUCAAAAGGAUAGUAAACCAAGCCUCUUAGACGACAAUGCACCUCCAUCACUAGCCGAUGAACCCAUAGAUCUUAGCAAAACAUUACAUAUUACUCCAAUUCCAACAGCGGAGCUUUCUAACGAUCAUUCUAACCACGUUGAUAUUCAGGGCGUUGGUGCCGUUGAGGAAUUUCCUCUAGAAAGCGAAGACGAUCAAGAAUUUGCUUUGUUAGCUGCAGAAAGUUUAAAUAAAACAGUAACUCCAGCGAUUUUGCCAAGUACUACAAGAGAAGAACCGAAAGAAACUUGGCAAGCAUUUGAGGGGGAGUCUAAAAAUAGCGAGCAGUUCGAAGAAACUGAAAGUGAUCCUUUCGACACAACUUUCGCAGAAAAUGCCGUACCAGGAAAAUACGAAUUGAAACUAAUCGAAAAUGAAAUCUUAAGCAGUGAUGACGUAGAUUUUAAUCCUCGCCUCGAAGACAAAUUAAAAGAUCUUAUUAAGGAUACCGUUCAGCCCACUAACCCUCCGUGCGUGUUAGAGUCUGAACUAGAUACUCUUCAGCCAAAGCACCGUGAUUUGUUAGCUGGUAGUGUUACCGAUUUGUCAAAUUUAGGAGCUCGGCCAUUAACACCGGCGGAUGAAAAUUAUAUAGAAUACUGCGAUCCUUUCGACACAACCACUGUUGAGUCCGCCACAGUUCCAGGCCAAACUGAAUUAAAGUUUUUAGAAAAGGAACUCUUAAGUGAUAUUCAUAAUAGUGAUGAUGAUUUUGAUCCGCGUGCAGAUGAGAAUUAUUGUAGAAAAGCUAGUAGUGCAAGUGUAAAGGCAGUUAAUUUUACCUUACCAUUGCCCGACGUGAAUUCGGGAUUAGCGCCAGAUUCUGAUCACGAUGGUAAAAGGAAUCCGAAGCCUUUAACCCCAUAUUACGUACGUGAAAAUUCGCUAUCGAAGAAAACUGUAGCAGACAUCGAAAGUGAAGAGGAAGAAGAAGACCCUUUUGAUACCUCCUUCGUGGUCAAUAUCACUCCAGGAAAGGCAGAAUUAAAAGUCAUCGAAAGCGAGCUAUUUUCUAACGGUGGUACUCUCGAUAGCAUAUCGGACCAAGAUUUUAACCCACGGGACGAAAAACAACUCGCUGUUGCUAAAGUUGUCCAAACGAUUAAGGAAAUAAGUGCUAAACCACCUGAAGUAUUACACAUUGAACCACAAAUUGAUUUGUUAGGUGUAGAACAUAACGAAGUAUUGACCAAGGUGCUAACACCUGCAACAAAUAGAUCUUUUGAUAACGAAGAUGUACCGUAUGAAGAUCCCUUUGACACUUCUAUUGCGAGUAACAUACUCCCUGGGAAAGUGGAACUGAAACUUUUAGAGACUGAGCUUAUACAUACAUCACAAUUCGAAUUGCAAAGUGAUAUAACCGAUUCAGAUUUUGAUCCUAGAAAGGAGACUGUAGACGCAGUCAGUGCGCCAAUUGCUCAAGAACCAUCGAAAGUUAGUAUUCCGGAUCUAUUAGAGCACACCGUCGAACACGUAUCGGUAAAAGCUUUAACGCCACUUGGCAUUCAAGACGUAGUUGACUUUGAUGAAUUAGAUGACAUAGAUCCUUUUGAUACAUCAUUUGCUAACAAUAUUGGUCCUGGACAAACAGAACUAAAAUUAUUAGAAUCGGAGUAAUUUAAAAUGGAUUCUAAGGGAGCAAAUCCGUUUUUAUUUGCGGAGGAGGACCUCUCUGCCACAAACUCCGCUGUCUCAAACCCGUUCCUUAUGGAUGGGGAUGAUUUUUUGACUGAUGACUCCACUUUCUGUGAUAAUCCAUUUUUAUCACAAGGGGCAGCCACAAUGACGGCAACGUCGACAAAUCCUUUCGCCUUUGAUCCCAUGGAGUUAGGCCCUGCCGAAGCAGAACCGGCAGCUGAUAUUCCAGCAUUGGAAAAUUCUAUGAACGAUUCAACGAUGGAUUUGAUUACCGCAAACACAGCUCACGAUUUUUUAAACGACCCACUAAUAAUGCCUACGAUUCCUCCACAAAAACCAACAGGUUUAAAUUUGAAAAUUACAAAUACAGUUAAUGACAGUGAUACAAAUCCACCACAUUCAGGGUUCGACCAAACAACUGUGCACAAUGGUCCUCAACGACCACCUCCACCUCCGAGACCGCCUCCAUCUAAAGAAACACAAGACCUACUAAUGUCAGUCAUGGGUGCGAUGGAUGCUACAAGUUCGCAUCUAUUGGAUAAAAUUCCUCCGACAAGGACACCGAGUCCAGUAUCAAUGCGGGACCUACAUUCGCCAAGUCCAACACCAGAGCCCAAUCUAGCAGAUCUUUUAGACGUGAAUGAUGAGAAGAGCCAGGAACAUCAAGAAAGCGACCUUUUGACAUUGAGUGACGAUAACACAUGUGAUAUCAACCGAAAUCCGCCUCUUCCACCGUCAAAUACAGCAAUAUCGAAUCAACCUCCUCCUCGUCCAGCCCGACCUGUAUCUAAACCACCUAGACCACUUCCUCCUCAAAAACCUCCACCACCACCCAUUUCACAACCUCACCCCACACCGCCCAAACCACCCCCUCCAUCAUCCGAAGUAUUAUCGCCUCCACAUCAAAUUGAAGAACCUCAAACAAAAUACGAAACACAGCCAUCGGACGACUUCGACCUCUUUGGCAUUAGCGACGUAAAACAACCAGCCCAAAAAAUUGUGGCGUCAACUGCGGAUAUAAUGAAUUUAUACAGCACACCAGCAGUAGUUCAAUCGCACCCAAAACCGGAUCUGUUAUUCGAUUCAAUUGGAACUGAAAUGCAGACGUCAGCUCCGACAACAGAAGAAAUCCUACCCUCUAAUAUAAACGUAACAACGAACGCAACUGUUGACAUUACCAUAUCAAAUGCGGUAGAGCAUUCCGAAUCGUUGGCAAAUACGCCAAUAGUCCAAGAUAACUUUAUAUCACCCGAACCUUCACAAUCCGACUUGCAGAUGGAUACAAGCGAUAGUCAGAGCAAGGGAUCAAUAUCAAGUGUGACUUUUAAUCCAUUUGCCGAGGUCCAGGAGAGCUCAAGUCCUAAACACACUCCAACGAUCGCAACAGAGCUAUUCACGUCAUCAUUAAUCGACACUAACCCACCAGUUGCUCAAGAUAACUUUAGUUUUGGUGAAGCAAAGCCGUCGAACGAUGAGUUUGACGCGUUCGCAAUGAAGUUUGAAUCUGCAGCGAAAGACGAAAAUAAAAAUGGAGCGUUUGAUGCAUUCUCUGGAUCUGCAUCAACGAACACGUGGGGUAACGACGGUGCAGACUUUAACGAUACGUCGAGUGGUUUCGGUACCGAUGAGCCGUUUGACGCUUUCUUGUCCAUGCAAGAGCCGCCAACUGUCCCCCAAAGUACCCCCAAUAAAUUAAGUAAAGCGCCGUCUCAAGAUUCGGAUGAAGAGAAAGAUUUUUCUGUAUUUAUAAGACCAAAGUCGAAUGACAAUGCGUUUGCCGACGAAGCCAUGCCAGUAUUAGCCCCUCCACCUAGCGUUCCUGUAUAUAGUGCAUUCACCGAUUCCUCUCCGAGGUUUAAUCCUUUCGAUCAGCAAACCCAGUCGGUUUCUCCAGCUAUCGGUGAAGAUAUGACUAUAGGUAAUUGCAGCUAUUAUUAUCAAUUACUACACUAAACCAUUACUUUAUCAGGGGAAUCUGUGCCAAGGAGUGAAUCCCAAGAAACUCCUCCCUCCCCAUUAUUCGACGAAGACGUCUCCCAACCUCUGGAAGUUUUUCCACGCACAAUCUAUACAGCAGAUGGCUGGGAAAUGCAACUAAGACAGCCUAAUAAAAAAAAGAUUACGGGACAAAGAUUUUGGAAGAAGAUUUUCAUAAGAUUACUGCAUCAAACCGAUUGCGUUCUUUUGCAAUUAUUUAAUCAAAAGGGCGACAAAGACCCUUUCCAAGAGCUACCGUUACAGCCAUGUUAUUCCGUGUCCGACAUUGGAGCGCAACAAUACGAUAACUUCGGAAAAAUCUUUACGUUGAAGUUACAGUAUAUUUUUUACAAAGAGCGGCCAGGUGUUCGUCCUGGUCAGGUAAAAAAGGCAGAACGAAUUACGAAUAAACUGUCAAAGUUCGCAUCGUACGCGAUUCAAGGAGACUACGAAGGAGUCAAAGAGUUCGGGAGCGAUCUAAAAAAAUUAGGCCUACCUGUUGAGCACGCACCCCAAGUGUCACAGUUGAUGAAGCUGGGUUCGUUGAAUUACGAAGAUUUGAAACAAUUCUCGGUGUCGAUUGAAGAAGCACUGUUUAAGCUACAAGCACACCGAGAUCGCGCGCUCCACUACAAAAUGGAAGAAGUUCAGAUAACUUCGGUGGAUGAGCUGUAUGUUGAGCAAGAUGCAGAGGGACACAUCGAAAAACAAAUAGCAAGGGUUCGCCUCUUCUUUUUAGGAUUUUUAACUGGAAUGCCCGACAUUGAGUUGGGGGUUAAUGAUAUGAGACGACAAGGUAAGGAAGUCGUAGGACGACAUGACAUUAUUCCCGUAAUUACGGAAGAAUGGAUUCGAUUGGAGGAUGUCGAAUUUCAUUCCUGCAUCCAACAAGAUGACUACCAAAAUUCUCACAUUAUCAAAUUCAAGCCACCUGAUGCGUGCUACAUUGAGUUAAUGAGGUUUAGGGUACGCCCACCUAAAAACAGAGAGUUACCCUUGCAGCUUAAAACCACGAUUAACGUUACUGGAAAUAAGGUAGUAAUAAAGGCAGACGUUUUAGUUCCGGGAUUCGCGUCUCGAAAACUAGGGCAGGUUCCCUGCGAAGACGUCAUGAUUAGAAUACCCAUUCCAGAGUGUUGGAUUUAUCUUUUCAGAGUCGAGAAGCAUUUCCGAUACGGUUCGGUCAAAUCGACGCACAGAAGGACAGGGAAAAUUAAGGGAAUUGAACGAAUUUUGGGCACUAUGGAAACUUUGCAAGAAAGUUUAAUUGAGGUGACAUCGGGCCAAGCAAAAUACGAACAUCAACAUAGGGCCAUAGUUUGGAGGUGUCCGCGGUUGCCAAAAGAAGGACAAGGCGCAUAUACGACGCAUAACUUGGUUUGCAGAUUAGCCUUAACAAGUUAUGACCAAAUACCUGAUCAAUUGGCUGAAUAUUGCUAUGUAGAAUUUACUAUGCCCGCAACGCAGGUUAGCCAUACCACCGUUCGGAGCGUAAGUCUACAAAAUUCAGAUAGCGAUGACCCUCCCGAAAAAUACGUGAGAUACUUGGCUAGGCAUGAGUAUAGAGUGGGAAUCGAGCAUACAGAGGGUGACAAUGUUGCAGCAUACAGUGUUGCAACAGUAACCAAACCACCACCUGCGCCCAUACCAGAGCAGCCUCCUGCUAUACCUGAGAACGAGUCAAGUGAUGAUAGUGACUAAACUAAACUCUUUCCAUUGCAAAGUUUUGCAUACCCAUCACAUGUGGUUAUCUGUUAUUUAAAAAUCUUCCAUGUAAGUAUCGGUGUUUUACUAUAAAUGUGCAAUGUACGUGUUUUUAUUUCUACUGUUAAAACCCCGUAAAUCAGGUGUAUCGUAACCCAUUGCAAUAAUACAAGGUUUAUAUCAGAUAUUUGUACCAAUAAAAAGUUAUAAAUGUUCCAAAUUGUCGUCUAACUUCAAUGUUAAAAAGCUUAAAAUGUUUCGCUAUUUUGUAAGUCCCUAAUGUGCAGUGUAGUAUAUCCAUGAUUUUAAAAUGUAUACGUAAUUACAAUGUAAAUGUUACUAUCAACAAAGUUUAUAAUCGUUACAAUAAUUAGAAAAAAUAAUGAAUAGUUAAUAAAUUGCAAAAUAUAUUUAUUUUGAUUAAGGUUCAAAAUAAGCUGACAAUAUAAGCAUAGCAAUGCUAGUAGAUUAAGAAUUAGUGUAAUGAGUACCUAUAUAGUUAAUUGUGAGCAGUAUUCAUUUCGUGCUUAUUUAUCUAUGUGCUAAUAUAAAUUAGGUACGCGCGAUUGAUUUGUGAUUUAUUUCGACAUAUCAUAAUGAUAAUUUCGUUAAGUAUGAGUUUAAUCUUCUACAGUGUUUGGAAAAAACACUUGAUGCGGCUAGGAUCUCCAAAGAUUACAACAAAGAGUAGCUUAUACUCUUUGAUUACUAUUUUAAUAGUGAUUACUUCACAUAGUUAUAAGUGCAUAGGUCUUAGAAAUUAUUGUAUUUUGAUCUUCUGAAAAUAGUUUUCUUGUUAGUUGUUAUAUAGAAUAUUGAUGUAUGAGCAUCGUAAGUGUACAUGGUAUCUAGACUGCCCACAUAGUAAUAUUCUAAUAAUUUUAGAAAUAUGUAUUGUAAAAAUUAGACUAUUUAUUUAUUUGUGUUAACUAGUUGUAGUUAAUUAUUUAUUUAUUUUUAUUUUUAAACAUUAUUAUGUAUGGCGCCGAACGGCCCAUAUACCGAGUCAGUGAACUAGUCAUUUUACAAUUUGUAAAAAAUAGUCAUUAGGUAUUAAUAUUAAGAUCAUAUUUAUUAUAAGUACAGUAACUAAAAAGUGGGUAUAUAUUAAUUAAUUUCAAUAAAUUCAAUAAAUGCGAAAUUGCACAUUAAAUAUUUAUGGAUGCGUAAUUUGUAAAAAUGUUUAAAGUGUAUUUAUCUCUGAAAGUACCAUACAUUACGGAAUGUGUAUAAGAUGUACACUAUUGUAGAUGUAGAAAUAAAACAAUGCGAUAUA